AAGGUGUAUGUAGGUUCAAAUUUGUUUUGGAAAGUAAAAAUAGGAAGAUCUCGACUCGAUCGACUGAUCACGCCAAGACAGUGGCAGCUUGGUUACGUUACUUUACUGCUACACGACACUACGUGGAGUACAUAGCACUACUACAGUAUGGAGUAGUAGCAAUGUAGCAUCACAGAUCGACAGAUCGAUACGGAGGUCCACAUCCAACUAGGAUAAUCUAAUAUCUCUUUAACCAAUCAGCCCGGCUGAUCAGCGGGAAAAACCCCAACUAAAUUACUACUCCUCGUAGCAUCUCUCUCCUCUCCUCCACCCUAAAGAAAACCUUUUGAAAACCACCCCGGCACCACUUUGCCAGCCUACAAGACCUCCACCCCGGGUGCUCCCCCGCACCGGGUCCGUCCGUCACACCACCUCCAAGUCCAACCAUCAACGGCAAUGCAGAGGGCAGCGGCGAGGAGAAGAGAGCCAUGAGGUGCAGGAAGCACCCGUACGAGAGCGCGGUCGGCGUGUGCGCGGCCUGCCUCCGCGGCCGCCUGCUCGCGCUCGCCGCCGCGCAGAACCAGGCGUCCUCGCUGCCCCAGCCCCUGCCAACGCCGCCGGAGCCCGUCCCGCUCUUCCCACGCUCCGUGUCGCCGUACGUGUGCCCGCGCAAGUCCGACGCCUCCUCGGGGCCGGGGCCCUGGCGCCACCCGUCGAGCCGCCUCUUCUUCCGGACGCCCCAGGUUGGCCCCGGCACCGGCUUCGAGGAGGGCGACAUCGGGUUCCAGAUCAGGCGGAGGCGGACCGGCAAGCUCUCCGCCCUCGCCGCGCUCUUCGGCGGCCCUCGCCACCACCACCGGCACGACGGAACGGAGGAGGAGAAGGGCGCUGGGGAGCGGAGGCACGGAUCUUGGCUCGGCGGGAUCAUGCGCGGCCGCAGGAAGGAGGGGCCGGCUACGGAGUCGCCGCUGCCCCCGCGCCGGCGCUCCUCCCGCGUGAUCAGCAACCGGGGGCUCUCGCCCGUGCGGUGCUCCUACGAGGGCAGCGAGGAGGGCGGCUCGGUGGCGGACUCGCCGUGGCGGCCGUCGCCGAUGCGGAAGACCCCCUGCCGUCGCCUCCUGGGCGGCGCCGGGGCCGGCGUGUCGGGCUUCGCCGUGUGCAUCAGCCCGCUCGUCCGCCCCAGCCCGGCGCGGAACCACCAGCGGGGAGGCCACCCUCCGGACGCCCCCGCAAUGUCCGGCGAGCUCCGGCCGUCGCCGCUCCACCACCCCUCCGCCGGGUCGUCCCUCCACCACUGCCGCUCCUGGAAGCUGGCCGACGGCGGCCGCUUCCGGUGAGCCCGCCCACCACCCCGCACACUCCGGUCGUCGAUCCCAGAUUCCUCAGAGGCCAUUUUUGUCUGGGAUUUCGCCCUUUAGCUUUGCUUGUAAACUGGAGAAGGAAUUUGGUGCCGAGAUAGGGGUCAGCUGAGCAUGCUGCAGCGCUGUAAAAAAAAGGAAAAAGCUUCAUGUGUCUGUGUAUACUAGUGGUUCAUUUA